UUUUCCAUCUCCAUCCAAGACUUCUCAAACGAUCUGGCCAUUAAUACCACUUCGGCUUAUGCGGCUGCACAUAAAGCAAUAAUUAGCUUCCAGGCACUCCCCCGCUCUAUUCCGAAGACUUUUAUCUAUACGGGCAACAUUCUGAACGAAGGACCAGUGUCAGGAUUUCUGACCCUGGGUACGGGAAAGAUAGCUCCGGCGCAUAUGGUUGAACUCGGUGAUCAGCUCUAUCGAGACCAGAAUACCCGGUUCUUCUUUGUUGAUGAAAGGAAUGCGGACGGAACACCCAUGCUCACGGGCGCAAGGAUGCAGGAACAUGCAGACAUCCUUCUAUCACUAGCCGAUAGGACCGCCGCCCAGCUACCAUAGCAGAUCACAUUUGUGGCUGGGAAGGGUUACGUGGAGUUC